UCUUGUGCAUCCAAAACUCAUCCUUUCUCUAUCUACACAUAACUCCAAAAAAAUAUAUCAAUUUCUCUCUCUCUCAAAACCACAUAGAAAAAAGUAGAAAGACUCGAUCGUUUUGCUCGAGGGUCUCUUCUGCUUGCAUCAAUGGAUGAGAGAGGAAGAAGCUUGAAGAACAACAACAUGGAAGACGAUAUGGACCUGAAAAGAGGUCCAUGGACCGCAGAAGAAGAUUGUAAGCUCAUAAAUUACAUUGCUACUAAUGGAGAAGGUCGAUGGAACUCGCUUUCUCGUUGCGCUGGACUCCAACGCACUGGUAAAAGCUGUAGGCUACGGUGGUUAAACUAUCUCCGUCCUGACGUCCGCCGUGGAAACAUUACCCUCGAAGAACAACUCUUGAUCCUCGAACUUCAUUCCCGUUGGGGCAAUCGAUGGUCAAAAAUCGCACAAUAUCUACCAGGAAGAACAGACAAUGAGAUUAAAAACUACUGGAGAACACGAGUGCAAAAACAUGCAAAGCAGCUUAAAUGCGAUGUAAACAGUCAACAGUUCAAAGACACAAUGAAGUAUUUGUGGAUGCCUAGGCUCGUUGAGAGGAUCCAAUCCGCCUCUGCCUCCGCCGCAGCCCUAACCAACGCUACCACAACAGGCUCAGCUGCCACGUCAUCUUGCAUCAUAACCUCUAACAAUCAAUUCAUGACGUAUGAUUACAACAACAAUAGCAUGGGACAACAAUUUGGUGUAAUGAACAACAACGAUUAUAUCACGCCGGAAAAUUCCAGCGUGGCAUUGUCUCCUGUGUCAGACUUGACUGAUUACUACAACGCUCCAAACCCGAACCCGGAAUACCACUCGGGUCAAGUGGGGAAUAGCUACUACCCGGAUCAGAACUUGGUGGGUCCACAAAUGUUACCGGAUGAUUAUUUCGAUUAUUCUAGGUUACUAGACGAAGAUGUACCGGCUAUGCAAGAGCAGAGUAACCUUAACUGGUUUGAAAAUAUUAAUGGAGCUGCUUCUUCUUCGGACAGUUUAUGGGACAUUGGAGAAAGUGAUGAAGACUUCUGGUUCUUACAGCAGCAACAACAGCUCAACAAUAAUGGCAACUUCUGAAUACAGUUAAAAAAUUGUUCAAGUACUUAAUUUAAUUAACACGAAGUAUACGUGUGAAAAACAUUUGUUCAAUGUAAUAAUUAAAAAAAAGUAAUGGGCUUAUGAUAUUA